UUGCUACGUUUCACCUAUAACGAGGACGGGAUGACAGCACCGAACAGGUUCAGCUUUUCUGUCCGGAGCAUCCUGGACCUGCCGGAGCCGGAUGCGGUUUACUCCUCCAGCUCCCCCUACACCUCCUGGACAGACUGCGACCGAAGCCCCUGCAUAUCUUCUGACGAGGGUAGUUUCGAGGCCUCCCCUGACUCCACCAAGCCGGACGACGCAUCUCCGGAAUCGGAGCUCGAGAGGAGCAAGAAGAGCAAGAAGCGCCGCGUCCUGUUCUCCAAGGCGCAGACUCUGGAGCUGGAGAGGCGCUUCCGCCAGCAGCGCUACCUGUCCGGCCCGGAGAGGGAGCAGCUGGCCCGGCUCCUCAGCCUCACCCCCACGCAGGUGAAGAUCUGGUUCCAGAACCACCGGUACAAGAUGAAGCGGGGCCGGGCGGACGGCGCGCUGCAGGAGGUGGAGAUACCGCCUCCUCCGCUCCUGCGCAGGGUGGUAGUUCCGAUCUUGGUGCGGGACGGGAAGCCUUUUCACACCUACUUACUCGACACGGAGAAACCCGGGUUGCCUUCGUCUUCCACUCACGCGGUACCCUUCCCGUGGAUCUACCCGUCCCUCCCGCACCCCGGCCCCGCAGCGCUCGCUCCCAGGUACCAGCAGCAGCACUUUCCGGCCGGGGCGGCCUCCAGGUUCUCCUGGAGGGAGUUCUGGAGCGAUUCGCUCUCGUUUAACUCCUUCAAAUGA